UGUCGUCUUGAGGAAGUGAAGUGAAGUUUAGGUUGUAAGAACAAAGAAAUUAAAAGUUGACUAAACCAUGUUCUCAUCAAGAUGGAGAAGCGAAAAGAACAAGAUCAAAGCAGUUUUCAAGUUGCAGUUUCAGGCAACUCAGGUGCCAAAGUUGAAGAAGAAAGCCCUGAUGAUAUCUCUUGUUCCAGCUGAUAUUCAAAGGCCGACAGUAAAACUGGAGAAAGCUGCAAUUGUGAAUGGAUCCUGUUAUUGGGAAACUCCCGUAUAUGAAACAGUAAAACUAACCAGGGAAACAAAGACCGGAAGGAUUAACGAGAAAGCUUACCAUUUUGUAGUGUCAACUGGAUCAUCUAAAUCAGGUUUCCUGGGAUCAGCCUGUCUGAACUUUGCAGAUUUUUUAGAGGAAGAAGAAGAUAAACCUCUUUUGGUCUCAUUGUCCCUGUAUGGAUAUAACCAGGAAGAAAUUUCGACAAUGUUGCUAGUGACAAUUCAGAAAAUGGAGGGACCUGAUCAUCAAAGAUGCAUUGAAGCAAUUGAAGAUGCAAUAGAUGAUUCCCAAGAUAGAAUGGUAGAGUGUAAAUACCAAGACACUGAUGAAAAUGCAACAUUAAAUUUUGUUGAGGCAACUAGAAAUGAAGAACAUGGUAGAAUCUCUACAAAUCCUCAGUAUGCAGCAUCAAACUACAUGCAUCAGAGAUCAAACACGGAUGGUUCACUUGGUUCAGCAUCUGAUGGAAGUACGUUUGACUCCAUUAACAGUUCUGAGGAGAUGUUACUGGAAGAGACACCUCCAAGGGAAUCUGAAACAGAAAUUUCUAGGCUGCAAAGGCAUGCAGAAGUGAUGGAUCUGGAAGUGCAGGCUCUGCGGAAGCAAAUAGUAAAAGAAGGUAAAAGGGAACAGGAACUAUCAAGACAUAUUCUCAGUCUGAAAGCAGAGCAUGAUGCACUAGAAGAAGAGUAUGAUCAACUGAAGAGUAUGCUGAAUACAGAAGUGCCCAAUCAAUUGAAGAUGGAGAUUGAGCAGUCAAAAUUUCUGUUGGAGGAAUUAAGGAAAGAGCUAAAUCAUGAAAAGGACUUGAAUGGCACAUUAAGAUUUCAGUUGAAGAAGACUGAAGAUUCAAACUCCAAAUUGAUUUUUGCACUAAGAGAUGUUGAAGAGAUCUUGGAACAGAAAAAUGGUGAAAUGGUUGAUCUUUAUGCGAAAGAAAAACCAAACAGUACAUCUGAAGAUGCUCCAGUAGAAAUUCUUAAACAGGAAAUCCUAGACUUACAUAAUGAAAUGGAAGUUUGUAAGAGAGAAACGGAAGAGGUAAAGUUGCAAAGGGAGAAGCUUGUCAUGGAAUCAGAGACAUUGAAGAAAGAAAACCUUGAAAUAUCUCAAAAGUUGGAACAGAACUUAGCAGAGGAAGUUAAGAUGCAGAAUGAGUGCUUACAAUAUUUCAAAACUGCAGAGGAUCAUGCACUUGAGGUGGAGAGAUUGGAGAAAAAAAUCAAGAAACAAGCACUGGAAUUGUCAGUAUCUUCAAGUACCAUCAUUGAGCUCCAAAACCAGGCAAAAGACAUGGAGAAAGAGCUCAUAAGGCAGGCACAAGGAUUUGAGGAAGCUCUGGAAGGAAUAACACGUGCUAAAGUUGAGCAAGAGCACAAGGCUAUCAAAGCAGAGGAUGUCUUAAGAAAGACCAAAUGGAAUAAUGUCAUCAUAGUGCAGAGAAUACAAGAGGAGUUCAAAAGGAUUUCUCUAGGAAUGGAAACAAAGGUGAAUGAAAAUGAGAAGUUAGCCACCAGAGCAGUUAUGGAAGCUAAUGAUCUCCGGCUGCAGAAAGAAGCUCUGGAAGAAAUGCUGCAAAAGGCCAAUAAAGAACUAAGGCAUGUCAAUGAGAGGUUUUCUGUAUUGCUUCAAGAUGUUUCAAAUGAAACAGACACAAAAAGAAAACAAAUAGAUCAGAUGAAAGAGGAACUCAAAGAAAAGUGCCUGCAGAUUGAGAAUUUACAGAAGCAUGUGGAAGAAAUUCAGAAUGCUUUCUCUUUGGAAAGUCAAAUACUAAGGGAUGAGAUGGAAAAGAUCAAAAUGGAGAACAGAUUAGUUGGAAAUCUAGAAGAACAAGGCAGAUAUGAAACAGAAUAUGUUAAGAAAUCAAUUGAUGUGCAAGAACUGCAGCAAAGUUGGAGUGAAGAAAGAAACAAGCUAAAAAGAGAACUUGAUUUAGUGAGAAAGGAAGCACAAAAACUGGAAGAAGAAUCGAAAGCAAUAAGGCCGUUGAAGGAUGAAAAUGAGAUAAGAAUAAAAAAUUUGCUGUCAGACAUAGAAGCACAUCAAAGUCAGCAUAGUCAACUUAAGCAUCAAUUAGCUGAAGAGGAAAUGAAGAAUGAAAACCUCAAGAAAGAAGUUUUCAGAUUAGAAUCUUAUGUUCAAGGAAAAGAAAAUAACAUCACUGUUGAUGCAAGUAAAUCCCAAGCUAUGGAGGAAGGCGCAAGUCCAGAUACAGAAAAAGUCGCAUUGAACAACAAGGGUUCUGCUUUGCUAGUUGUCAACCCAGCUAAGCUUCAUGGUUCAGGAUCGGCUAAGAAUGUUGCUGCAGACAUUGUAAAGUUUGGCUUUAAGAAUCCAAUGAUGGGCUGUAUGGAACAAGCUGCCAACAUAUCCAUUGAAAGUGAACCAGGAACAUGUUCGGGAAAGGAGCUCAAUCUUUCUAUUUCCACAGUAGGAGAUCAACAAUAUAAUUUUCAGUUGCUACAUGAAGUUACACAGAUUAAGGAAAAAAAUAAGAGCAUGGAAAUAGAGUUGAAAGAAAUGCAAGAGAGAUACUCAGAGAUAAGUCUCAAAUUUGCGGAGGUAGAAGGUGAGCGGCAACAACUGGUAAUGACUUUACGGAACUUGAAGAAUGGUAAGAAGACUUAGCAGUUACUGAGAAGAAGACAUCCUGGAAUU